UUCAUAACGAAACCGCCAGCAUCAAUGUAACAAUGUUUCUCGCCGAGUUUUCCUGGUAAAACGAGUGCCGUAGGCUACUUAUACCAAUCAAUGCUUUUCCCACGUUUCACUAAGAAGUUUGUUGAGAACAGCUUUCCAACUGCCUCCCAACAACAAUUUUAAAAAUUCUGCUUGGAGACUUCGUACAGAGAUUAAGAUACUUACGAAUUCGAUCUGUUAAUAUUUUCAAGACUUACCGGGCACAUUGUCAGCGGUUUAUAAGGAAUCUAAUGUAUUUUUGAGGCAAUUUCUCUAGACAUACAACCAAUAUAUAACAACGAAAAAAAUUGAAAGAAUCAAAAGUUAGGAAGGUAUACUGUUCUACUGCUGCAAGAUCAUUUAUUAUUUUUUUAACAUGGCGGCCGAGCAAGCUAAAAUCAUUGAACAGCUCAUGGGAAGCAAUUUGAGCAACUUUUCCAGUCGUGGUCAAGUCCAAUUUACGGAUAGAAAGGUCUGUCGAAGCUUUCUUUGUGGAAUUUGCCCUCAUGAUGUUUUCGUCAACACUAAGAUGGAUCUUGGUCCUUGUCCAAAAAUUCACAGCGACAAAUUAAAAGCAGAUUAUGAAGCAGCGAGUUACUCCCAUGACUACGGAUACGAAUGGGAUUAUCUACAGGAUUUAGAGCGUCAUGUCACCGAAUGUAACAAACGAAUUGACAUCGCUGAAGCCCGUCGCGAAAAAACUCGUGAAGAAAUUGAUCGUACAGAUGCGUUAAUGAAGGAGAUUUUGCAUUUGGACCAUACCAUCAGUGUUUUGAUUGAUGAAAUUAAAGCACUGGCUAGCAAGGGUCGAGUAAAUGAAUCCAUUCAAAGAUUCACGGCUUAUAACAAGGUUAAGCAAACAAAAAAAGAACUUGUUCAAGAAGUACUAUCUAUCAAUGAGCUUCCUAGCCAGGCGAGUUCAACACAUCAAAAGCUGCAAGUCUGUGACGUAUGCAGCGCCUACUUGUCUCGUCUUGACAAUGAUCGUCGUCUGGCUGAUCACUUUUCCGGUAAGAUGCAUCUUGGCUAUGCUCAAAUUCGGGAUGCAGCAAAGGAACUUCGUCAGCUCUUGGAAAAACGCGAACUCGAAAAGAAAGGUGAGCUUACUGAAGAAGAAAAAGGGGAUAGGCUCGAAUUUCAAGAGGCUGUCAAAGCGACUUGACCAAGUCUUAAUGAAGAGAUUCUAAGGGAAAUCUUUUUAAGGAGAAUAGCCUUGAUUUCUUCCCUCAAUGACCUUCAAUCCAGCUACUUUCCAGACCUCGACAUGUCAUUCGUUCAUCAACCUCAUCUAGACAACAGCAUCACUCUCCUUUCUCUCUUUUUAUGAGUUUUGUUUUUGUUGAAUAUCCCUCGGCAAACCCGCGGCACAAAUUCACCACCAAAAAUAUCGUCUACCUCAACGCGACCAUGAGUACGUGAGUGCAUGGAAGGGAA